CCUUUGGACAACGAGUUCAAUCAAAGAGAAAAGUUUCAGAUGACGGUCAGCGAGAGAGUCCAAAAAUCAAGAACAAAUCUUGCACCUCAAGGAGUUAAAGAGAAAAUAAUUGCAUCCAUAUUAGUAUAAUCGUUUCACUAACAUGUCAAAAUGAAAGAAAAUGUUUCUUCGCGGUAUGACGUUAUAAUCGUUGGUGGAGGUUGUUCUGGCCUAAGUGCUGCGUACCAAAUAAAAAAGCAGAAGGAAGAUGCCCGUGUCCUUAUUUUGGAAGCCAAAGAUCGGCUAGGUGGCCGUGUCUGUGGUUCAUAUCUGCACACGCUGCAUGAUAAAGAUGCAUGGGAUGUUGGUGGUCAAUGGAUUGCAAGUUCACAGCCAAAUGUUACUAAGCUUAUCAAAGAGCUUGGCCUAGAACCAUAUCCACAGGAUGUCAGUGGAAGAAAGAUCCUGAAGCUUGGUGAAAGCGAUGCAAUAUAUUAUAACAACACACAAACUUAUGGCUUGUCACUAUUUGGAGCAUUGGAUGUCUUCAAUGGCUUGUCAAAAAUCGAGUCUUACUGUGCAGCUGUCCCCAUUGAUGACCCUUUGAAAUGCCAAUUUGCAGAGGAGUGGGACGCGAAAACUGUCAGCGAGGCCAUGGAUUCCAUAUUCUGGACCAACGAAGGUAAACAGAUGCUUUCGAUCGCAAUUCAUGUGGUGUUUGGAGCAGAGGCAUCACAAAUCUCUUUUCUAUAUUUUCUGCACUUUUGCCAAAAAUCUGGAGGCUGCAUACAAAUUAUUGAUACGGAACAAAAAGGCUAUGCGCAAGAAUGGAAAGUUAAGGGAGGAACAUUCAGAAUAGUUGAAUUUUUAGCCGACGUCAUUGGACACGAAAACAUAAAGCUCUCUUCACCGGUUGACUGCAUAUCUCAGGACGAUUCAUCUGUUACUGUCCGUCUUUUAUCUGGCGAUGAAUUUGUUGGUGCAAGAGCGAUCAUUGCAAUCCCACCCAUCUACAAAGCCAAGAUCCACUACUCGCCACCAUUGCCAGAUUCCCACAGAUUACUUUACGAGAGAAUGCCAGUCGGCCAUUUGACGAAAGCGAUUGUGACGUACCCCAAGAGAUUCUGGAAGGAGCAAGGGCUGUCAGGGGAAGCAGCGCACUGGCCUUUCUACAAUGGAGCUGAAGGAUAUCCUGUUUGCUUGACUUUCGAUGCGACAUCUUGUAAUGGCUCUCCUGCUCUGGUUUUGUUUAUUGGUGGAAAACGUGCUCUUGACUUGGGCAAAAUGAGGUAUUGUGACCAGCGCCAAAAUAUCAUUAAUUCACUGAAACUUUUGUUUGGAAGCUCAGCCGACAAUCCCAUAGAUGUCAAAAUUAAGGAGUGGUCGAAAGAGCCCUGGAACGGUGGCUGUCCAGUUUCUAUUAUGGCCCCCGGAGCACUAACAAAUUAUGGCUGUAGUGCUUUGAAAGAACCAUUCUAUAGAUUACAUUGGGCCGGAACUGAAGCAGCAGAUUGCUGGGUAGGUUAUAUUGACGGCGCGGUGCAGAGUGGGAUACGAGCUGCGAACGAGGUUCUAUGUCAGGUUCUGCCUCAGUUCAGUGACAGCACCGAUGUUUCUUCAUAUGAAAAAGUAUUUGAGCAGCAGAAAACGACCUUUGCUAGAGACAGAGAAAGCAAGAAAAUGUGGAACAAACUGUUGCUGCUUUCUGGCACCAUUUUGCUUGUUACUGCCCUGAUCACAAAUCGACACAAGUUACCUUGGAAGUAGAAUGUUAAAGAGGGGGAGGGAAAAAUUAAAAUUGAUUUUGCGAUACCUUAAAUGAAAUACAUAAUGCUGUCUUUUUAAUCAGAGAUAUGUGAGCAUUAAACGCCUUUAUCAACUUAGAUUUUGCUUCUCUUCCCGUUCACUGUCGACUUCCAUCCACGUUUCCCAUUUUUAUACCCUGGUACUCCACGCUAAAGCAAAUUACAAAACUAGGAUAUUCCAUAGCAGUGUUGAUAAAAUGAAAUAUUGCAAUUCCUAAUCGGUUUUGAAAUAUAGUUUUAUAUUGACAGCUAUUUAUGCUGUUGCAUGUGGUAUCUGAAGAUAUCUGGCCUUUUGCUCUUUUCGUUGUACCAUUCAAAAGCCACAAGCGUCUGUGACAAUGAAUGCAAAUGACAGAAUUCGCACCCAUUCACUCUUGUAACUACUCACUUUGUCGAUUUAUGUCAUUAGCUUUUCUCGUGUCAUGGAAGGAAGUACCUCUUAUUUUUCGGGAAUUCUCAGACUUUUUGCCGCUUAAUUAAACGUUAUAUUUUAUUAUAUUUAUGUUAAGCAGCCACGUCCUUUCCUAGAAUUAGCCGCUGUUAUUGUCUCUUUACGUUCACAAGUGACACACGAAAUUGAUCACGAUGAUGCAAUUAUGUUUCUAAAGUUUCAAAGUCCAUUUAUUCAUUUUGCAGCACUGGUUAAUUUCUUUAUCUUUACCUUGAUUUUGUUUUGAAAGAUGAAGAUUCAAUUUUUUAUUAAUUUUUUCUGCCUCCAAUCUUCAUAAAAUUGUCACUUAUUUUUAUUGUCUUUGUAGACAUGCAAUCGCCUUUCUGUCAUUCAAAAUUAAUUUGAUAGCAAAUAUUUUUAAUCUGUAAAUUGAUUUGUAGUAUUUUCGAUUAAAAUACAGCAGAGGUGCUCUUGGUGUGUGAAUUUCAUGCUUUGUAAGAUUUUAAUAUAUAUAACGAACAACAGAGAAUGAUUUUUGUCUGUUUGAUUAGCGGAUUAUUAUCAAAAUUGAGUUUCAUGUUGUUGUUACGUUAAGAAAGUUGUGGAAAGUUAUUUCUAAGUGAAAUCGAGAUCUGUAAUCUUAUGAAAUCAAAAAUUGGAUUAUUAUGCUUCAAAGUUUAUCGAUGCAA